AUGACCGGGCCAGCAGAUUCCGCUGGCCCGCUUCGCGUCUCCCAGCGGCGACCGCUGGCCUGUCGAGAAUGCACAAAACGGAAGAGAAAAUGUGACAAGCAAAUUCCAUGCGCCAGAUGUCGACGCCUCAACUUGGAGUGCUCGGUGGAGACGGUGCGACUGAGACGGAAUACAGUGCAACAUGCAUCGGAGAUUCAAUUCCUCACAUCCAUCUUGAUUGAUCUGGAGUCUCCUUCUCCGCAAAAUAUCUCACAUAUCACGGCGCGAGUGAGAGAGAGGAUCUCGCAAUUGCAAACGGGAGUCUCGUCUUCGCCUCCACCACCAGCAUCAGCACCGGCAUCAGUGGACGCGCCGCCGUCAUCGACAACGGCAGCUCUGUCAGCACCGGCAUCGGCAUCACCGCAACAUGAGACCAGCGCAGAUUUACAGCAGGAUGAUCUCAAACAAUCCGAUCAUUCUGAUGACAGGCAGGCCCUGCAUCGUCUGGCCGAGGCACCUGCGGAAAAUACAGGGACCGAUCCGCCCAUUUUGAACGCCAUUGAACAUCUUGCCUGGGGGCGAAAUUCUGCAGGGUGCUUUCCUCACCGGCGUUGUGCCUGUCAAUAUCGUCGAGACAGCUCCGAGACUCUCUCCAUGAACAGCGGAUCUUUUCAAAUUCACGGAUCGGCCCUGGAAGUCCUGUUUGUGCCAAUGGGCCUCGACGCGCAGACGCUCGUCAAAUUUCACAUUGAAAACCUGACCUGGCAUCAUAAUUGUUUUCAUGGAGGCACUUUUCUCCGACAAUGCGAAGUGUUUUGGAGCACGGGACGAUGUGACAAUCCCUUGUGGAUCGCUCUUUACCUAUCCGUUUUGAGUUGCACCGUGAAUUCGAUUCAGAACAGCAGAAGGCUGAAGAGUCAAUUAGGGGUGGAUCUGGACAACUUCCAAACCGCCCAGCAGUUGUUCUCAGCCAUGGUACAAACUCUGUAUGAUUCGCAUUUUCUGAACAAUCUGUCGAUCUGCUCGGUGCAGGCCAUCGCCAUCUCGACCGAAGUUGCCCACAAUCUUGGCCUCAGUCAACUCAAUGCGACCAUGUUCAAUGCUGCGGUGCGAAUUGCAGAGUGUUUGGGGCUCCACAAAAUCAAAGACCAUCCCUCAUCCAUGACCCAAACCCAAGACCAGUGGGAAGAACGUGUCGAACGAGAAGUAGGCAGACGAGUCUGGUGCCAGAUGAUCAUUCAGGAUCAUUUCGCCAUCCCCUUCACCGACACCUACAGCAUUUCCCCUUUACAAUAUUCCACCGGACGCCCUUUGAACGCCGACGAACACACCCUGACAGAACUUCCCACCAACGUUCCCACCAUCAGCACCUAUGUACGAGUUCUCGUCGAGCUCGCGGCCCUCAUGCCCGGUCUCAGCGACGGACUCGGUCCAAUGAAUAAACGCAAAUCGCGCCGUGAGCAAUACCAGCACAUCCUCCAAGUGGAUAAGAAAAUGCGCGCCGUCGUCAAGGGAAUCCCCUCUUUCCUCCUCCGACCCGACAAAGCCAAAGAAUCUGAGAUUCCCUGGCUCAGCAUCGUCCGUCGAAGUCUGGCCAUCACUGCCGCCGAAAAGAUCAUCAUGAUCCACCGACCAUUCCUAUUCCGCUCCUUUCACGACCCAACCUACGGUCACUCCCGACGGACCUGCAUCGCCGCCGCCAUGACCAUCCUCCGCGAACACGAAUCCAUCGCCAACGAAGAAGACCUCUCCAUCUGGACCCAUACCGCAUUCGCAAUCACCGCCGCAGUCAUCCUCUGCUUCGAAGUCAACGCCACCGUGGAAGAUCCCUCGGACGGCAAAAUCGAAAUGUACCGCGACGCGGUCCUGUCUGCGCGCGAGCGCCUCGCCUCCCGCAAUCACGACACCCUUGCACAACGAGGCGUGGCCCUCAUCGACGCGAUCCUGAUCGCCGAAGAGGCGCACGGCGGAGCCAAAGAGCGGAAACGCAAGGGCCAUAUUGAUUUUCAUCGGAUCUUUGCGAAUUUUUCGACUCUAAGCCGAGCCAGUCUCUUGCCGGAUGAUGAUAUGUCGUUUGGCAAGUUAUCGGGCAACAGCCCGGAUGAUUUUCGCAGUGUGGAUACGAAUGAGAUGCAGUUUUCAUGGAACUCGGAUGAGAUUGAUUUUGAUAUCUGGUUCAAUGGGAUAUUUAAUGAACUUCAUCCACCCGCGUUGGGAUGA